CUGGCGGAAAUGGGCGUGCCCGGGAUGCCGUUGGCGUGAUGCGCGUGCUCGCCGUCGCUCCCCAGCGUGCCCUCGUCCUGCGGGACCACUCCGGAUCGCUCCCCCGGCUCGCUCGGCGGCUCCUUGGCAUCUGUGCAGAGUUGAUCUGAGAUGACACGCUGUGGCGACCCCUAACGGGACAAGCUGAAAGGAAAAUGUAGGUUCCUGUUGGCGUCCACUCCUCUGCAGUGGAACUUUGGAUUUUUGGAUCGCGUCUUCCUCCAGAACCGAUCCUGCACAGAUGUUUAUUCCCGCAAGCGCGGGUUGGCGCAAGUGGCUACCGUGGUCCAGCUGAAGUGGUACCCGUCCACGUUGAAGACGGGCAUGAUGUAGAAAUUGAGCUGGUUGAGCAGUCGUCUCGUCGCCGGGUCGUACCGGAAGCAGGAUGCCCUAAAGGGAGGCGUCACUUCAAGCAACAAAAGGAACGACGCUCACCGCCCACUUUAUUAGUAUGACAGAGGAGAGCAGGAGCGAGCACAGAUUCGAAAGCGGGAAGGAUCUGGACAAGCAGCUCCGUCUGCGGGUGUGCGUCCUCAACGAGCUCUUGAAAACCGAGCGGGAUUAUGUGGGCACGCUGGAGUUCCUGUCGUCACUGUAACAGUUUUCCUCCGAAGUCUCUGCAAUCAUCUGGACUUGUUUUUCUGGCCGGCGAUUUUAAGCGUGUUCCUGCACCGACUGGACCAGUACGCCGCCACCAAAAUGGACAAAAACAUCACAGAAGAAACGGUGAAGGUGUUGUUCUGCAACGUCGCGGCCAUCCUGGCGGUGCACAGAGACUUCCUCUCCAUGGUGGAGGAGCUGCUGCAGCCCGACCCGCACGCCCACCACCAAGUCGGACGCUGCUUCUUGCACUUUCCCUGUUAUGUUUUUGUGUGUGUGUGUGUGUGUGUGUUUUGUGUUCCGCUCGACAGCGACGGCGCUUCCAGAUUUACGACGAGUACUGCGGGAACCACGAGAAGGCUCAGCGGUUGCUGCUGGAGCUCAACAAGAUCCGCAGCGUCCGCACGUGUUUGCUGAACUGCAUGUUGCUGGGAGGCCGUAAAAACACCGAAGUCCCGCUGGAGGGGUACCUGCUGGCCCCCAUUCAGAGGAUCUGCAAGUACCCGCUGUUGCUCCGAGAGCUGCUGAAGAGGACGCCCAAGAAGCACUCAGACUACGCGCUGGUGCAGGAGGCGCUGCAGGUGAUGAAGGCCGUGUGCUCCGGCAUCAACGAGGCCAAGCGGCAGAUGGAGAAGCUGGAGGUGCUGGAGGAGUGGCAGUCGCACAUCGAGGGCUGGGAGGGUUCCAACAUCACCGACACGUGCACGGAGAUGCUCAUGCACGGCGUCCUGCUGAAGAUCUCCGCCGGGAACGUGCAGGAGAGGAUCUUCUUCCUGUUUGACAAGCUCCUGGUCUACUGCAAGAAGAAAAACAGACGUUUGAAAAACAGCAAAGCGACGGCGGAGGCCCCUCGCUACCUGUUCAGGGGCAGAAUCAACACCGAAGUGAUGGAAGUGGAAAACGUGGACGACGGCACGGCCGACUACCACAGCUCGGGCAACAUCGUCAACAACGGCUGGAAGAUCCACAACACGGCCAAGAACAAGUGGUUCGUGUGCAUGGCCAAGACGGCGGAGGAGAAGCACGAGUGGCUGGAGGCCAUCAUGAAGGAGCGCGAACGCCGCAAGAGUUUGACGCUGGGCAUGGAGCAGGACACGUGGCUGAUGGUUUCCGAGAAGGGCGAGAAGCUCUACCAGCUCAUGAGCAGGGGUCACCUCAUCAAGGACCGCAAACGCAAGCUCAGCACGUUCCCAAAGUGCUUCCUGGGAAGUGAGUUUGUGUCCUGGCUGAUGGAAAUUGGCGAGACGGGCAACCCGGAGGAGGGCGUCCACCUCGGUCAGGCCCUGCUGGAAAAUGGCAUCAUCCACCACGUCACGGACAAGCACCAGUUCAAACCCGAGCCCGUCUUGUACCGCUUCCGAUACGACGACGGCACCUACCACCCGCGGAGCGACAUGCACGACGUCAUCGCCAAGGGCGUCCGCCUCUUCUGCCGGCUCCACAGCCUCUUCACUCCUGUCGUCAGGGACAAGGAUUACCAUUUGAGGACGUACAAAUCGGUGGUGAUGGCCAACAAGCUUAUAGACUGGCUCAUAGCGCAGGGCGACUGCAGAACAAGAGAGGAGGCGCUGAUUUUGGGAGUGGAGCUGUGUGACAACGGAUUCAUGCACCACGUGCUGGAGAAGAGCGAAUUCAAGGACGAGCCGUUGCUGUUCCGCUUCUUCGCCGACGAGGAGAUGGAGGGCUCCGACACCAAACACAAGCCGCUAAAGCAUGACCUGAAAAUCGUGGAGAACGUCAUCUCCAAGUGUCUCCUGAUAAGGCCUAGCGACGGAGGCUACGGAUUCACCCUGGAGGAGAGGAACAAGCUACCCAUCAUCAAGUCAGUGGAGAAGGGCUCCCCUGCGGAGAUGGCCGGCCUGGAGGUGGGGAAGAAGCUGUUCGCCAUCAACGGGGACCUGGUUUUCCUCAGGCCUUUCUCGGAGGUGGAGGUUCUCCUCGGCCAGUGUUUCGACAGCAAGGGGCCGCUCCGGGUCCUGGUCAGCACCAAGCCAAGAGAGACCGUGAAGAUUCCCGACUCGGUGGACGGUUUGGGCUUCCAGAUCCGUGGCUUCGGCCCCUCCGUGGUGCACGCCGUUGGAAGAGGGACGGUGGCGGCCGUGGCCGGGCUUCACCCGGGCCAGUGCAUCAUCAAGGUGAACGGCAUCAACGUGAGCAAGGAGAGCCACGCCAGCGUCAUCGCUCACGUCACGGCGUGCCGGAAGUACCGGCGACCCUCGCAGCAAGAUACAAUCAAGUGGGUGUACAACAACAGCGAAAGCGCCCGCGAGGACGACCAGAACCAGAGGAGCGACCGCAAGGCCACCCCGGAGGAGAACGGCGACGGCUUCCAGUGCAAAGUCGAAGAGGCGAUGGACAAGUUCAACACCAUCGCCAUCAUCGACGGGAAGAAGGACCACGUCAGCCUGACGGUGGACAACGUGCACCUGGAGUACGGCGUGGUGUACGACUACGACAGCACGGCCGGCAUCAAGUGCCACGUCCUGGAGAAGAUGCUCGAGCCCAAAGGCUUCUUCACCCUCGCCUCCAAGAUCCUGGAGGCGCUGGCGCGUAACGACGACGCGCUGGCGCGGACGUGCGGCCGGCUGACGGCCGGCUGCGACGCCGUGCCGGAGGAGCCGCGGGCGCGCUUCGCCGCCGCGUGCGCCGAGAAGCUCGAGCACAUCGACCGGCGCGUCACCAACUACAGGAAGUUCGCCCGGGUGCUGAAGAACCGGGCCUGGCCCACGUUCAAGCAGGCCAGGGGCAAGGUGUCCCCCCUGCACAGCAGCGACUUUUGCCCCACCAACUGUCACGUCAACACCAUGGAGGUGUCCUACCCGAAGACCACCGCGUCCUUGGGCAGCUCCUUCGGGGUGCAGCUGGACAACCGAAAGAACGCGCCGGAGAAAGGCGGACCGGGCGCCGCCGAGCCGGGUAAGCCGAGCCCCAUGGUCCACAUCCAGCACACCAUCACCUCCAUGGCGGCCCCCUCCGGACACAGCCUGGGCCGCACCGAGGGCCACGGCCUGCGCUUCCUGCUGCGGGAGGAAGACCUGCUCGCCCUGGACGCGUACCACAAGCUCCUGGACAAGCUGGACGCCGUCGUCAAGGAGAUGCAGACGCACGGCGGGCACAUUCACGACCUGUUAUCAUCCAUCACGUACCCGCCGGCGCCCGAGGCCAAGAGCCCAGACGGGUUCGUGUCCGCCGAGGGCGACGGCGACAAGGGCGAGCGCAACGGGAAGAAAGUGUGUUUCAACGUGGCCGGGGACGAGCAGGAAGACUCGGGCCACGACACCAUCAGCAACAGGGACUCGUACAGCGACUGUAACAGUAACAGGAACUCCAUCGCCUCCUUCACCAGCAUCUGCAGCAGCCAUUGCAGCUCAUACGUCCACAGUGACGAGAUGGACUCAGGGGACGAGAUGGCGUCCAGCGUGUGGCUGUCCCACGAACAGGAAAAGAAGCUUCACAGCUUCCUGGAGCACCUUUUCAGCCAGGUGGAGUCCAUCAGCAGCACGCUGCGGGGGGCAGUGGUGGCGCGGGCCUUCGAGCAGACCAAGUGCUUCGCGCCCGGGAGAGGCUUCCAAGAAUUUCAGCAAGACCUGGAGCCCAAGAUGAACUACGCCAAGAGGUUGCGGCUCCACGUCAAGCAGGACCCGUGGAACCUCCCCGGGAGCGUCCAGGCCCUGGCGCAGACCGUCGCAAAAUCUGUCGAAGAAGUGAAGACGAGGCUACUCCUAGUCCUGCUCCAGUAUACAGACUCGGAGAUCCAGCUGCGUCGGGACAUGGUCUUCUGCCAGUCGCUGGUGGCGGCCGCGUGCGCCUUCUCCGAGCACCUGCUGGCCGUCCUCAAUCAGGUCGGUCGCGCUCCGGUGGAACGGUCCGAGUUCCACUGUGCGAGCAAGGAGGCGGAGCCCGAGCCGGACCUGCUGGAGGCCCAGGAAGCCAGCAGGCGAUGGCUGGAGCAGAUUGCCAGCGCGGGGCUCCUCUUCCACUUCCAGUCGCUUCUCUCGCCCAACCUGACGGACGAGCAGGCCAUGCUGGAGGACACGCAGGUGGCGCUGGUGGACCUGGAGAAAGUCACGUUCUACUUCCAGCACUUUGAAGGGGAACCCCGAGUGGCCAACAUGCCCGUGUGGUACCACGUGGAGGGCACCAGGCAGCACCUGAAGGUUUUCCUCCAGCUGGAGACUUUUUACUUCUCUCAGCUGCCGGCCCGGCUGCGAGGGGGCGGCGGCGUCAAAAUCUACACUGCGCUCUUCACGCAAGCGCUGGAGAGCAUGGAGGGGUACUACUACCGGGAUAACGUGUCUGUGGAGGAGUACCAGGCCCACGUCAACACCGCCUCGCUGGACAAAGUUAAGCAGUACUGCAAAAGGCUGAGGGCUUUCUACAUGGAUCAGUCCAACAUGCCGCCCAGCUCUGCACCCAAAGCUGCCCUCAUAGAUAAGCUGAUGCGUCCCCUGAACGCGGCGGACGAGCUCUACCGGCUCCUGGAGAGCUUCAUCCGCUGCCGCCGCACAGCCGCCUGCCAGUACACCGCCUGCGGGGCGUCCGGCGUGGGCCUGCUGACGGUGGCCUCGGAGCUGUGCUCGCGCCUGGGCGCCGCCCACGUGGUCAUGUGCAACAGCGGCGUUCACCGGUGCACGCUAAGCGUGACGCUGGAGCAGGCCAUCCUGCUGGCCCGCAACCACGGGCUCCCCCCUCGCUGCAUCAUGCAGGCCACGGACGUCAUGAGGAAACAGGGCGCCAGAGUUCAGAACUCUGCCAAGAAUCUGGGGGUCCGCGAUCGGACGCCGUCUUCGGUGCCAAGGUUGUACAAGCUGUGCCAGCCUCCGCCGCCUGAUGGUGACCCAUAAUGCAUUGCAAACGCGGUAUACGAAGACAUGCCCAUGUACCCAAUACUUAUUUUUACGCUGUCCGGAGGGUCGUGUAAAUAGAAUUUUUUUCAAAAACCAUAACAGUAUUUUUUGGGGUUGUUUUUAAACCAUGUCCUCCAAUUAUGAGCUACUCUUUAUGUUUAUUGUAAAUAUAUAUUUUUUUAAAUAUUAUUUCCAAUAGGGUAUGAGCAUUAAGGUGUUUUUUUUUUUUUAUGUAUUACUCAGGUUCCACGCAUAUAGAUUGCAUAUUACCGACAAAUGAUAGCACACAACUAUGCAAACUAAAAACAAAAAAUGGCACAAUUUUUUUUUUUACCCACUAUAUUAUACAUACACUGAAAUCAUGUAUACAAUUAAAAAAUGUAUUAAAUUUCAUAUUGGAGACUGAAUAUUGUUGGUUUUUGUUGC